UCAAAAGAUGACCCCCAAAAGUUGGCAGAACUAGACAAAUUAAUCUCUGCCAGUUCCUUAGGGGUGGAGCAUUUCCUGCGUGAGUUGGGACAGUUGUAUGAGGCUGAACACGCAAUGGUGAAAGAAGGUAAACUGGCAGAAAGCCAAAGACAAUUCGUCCAUCUCCCAGGCAUAGCAGCUGACCUGAUGCUGGAAGGGUUUCCCAUGGAGCUGAUCGAUGGAGAUGCAUCCAACAUCCCACUGCAGUGGGUGACAGAUGUUCUGAGUCAGCUCCAUGCCAAGCUCAGGGGAAGGUCCAAAAUGCUGGUUCUAACAGUGCUGGGAGUGCAGAGCACUGGGAAAUCCACCCUCCUCAACACCAUGUUCGGCCUGCAGUUUGCAGUGAGCAGUGGCCGAUGUACGCGAGGAGCCUUCAUGUCACUCAUUAAAGUGGCAGAGAACUUUCAGCAGGAGCUGGGCUGUGAUUUCAUCCUGGUGAUAGACACAGAAGGCUUUAAAGCCCCUGAACUGGCCAAGCUGGAGGACAGUUAUCAACAUGACAAUGAGCUGGCCACACUGGUGAUUGGACUGAGUGACAUAACGAUCAUUAACAUGGCCAUGGAGAAUGCCACUGACAUGAAGCAUGUUCUGCAAACUGUGGUCCAUGCCUUCCUCAGAAUGGAGGAAAUAGGGCAAAAACCCAACUGCCAGUUUGUGCAUCAGAACGUCAGUGAUGUGUCUGCGCAUGAACAAAACAUGAGGGACAGGAAACACCUCCUGGAGCAGCUGAAUGAAAUGACCAAAGCUGCAGCAAGGAUGGAAAAGAAAGGCCGGGAGCUGACAUUUUCUGAUAUUAUGGACUAUGAUCUGGAAAAACACAAUUGGUACAUUCCUGCUCUGUGGCAUGGAGUCCCGCCUAUGGCUCCAGUGAAUAUGGGAUACAGUGAAAAGGUUUAUGAAUUAAAGAAAUAUUUGUUUGAAUUUCUGAAAGGCUGUUCACAAAACAGAUCUCCCAAGGACAUCCCCCAAUUUCUCGAAUGGGUGAGGAGCCUGUGGAAUGCUGUAAAACAUGAGAACUUCAUUUUCAGCUUUAGAAACAGUCUCGUCGCUGAAGCCUAUAACCAGUUGUCUGUAAAUUAUGCAGAAUGGGAAUUGGGUUUCCGCAAGAUGAUGCACCUCUGGGUAUCUGAAAAGGAAACUUUCAUCCAAAAUCAGCCACCAGAUAAGCUAGACACAAGUGUUUUAACCAAACUAAAGAAUGAGGCACAGGACAAACUGAGACAAGAAGCAAAGAAGAUUUUGGAUCAUUUAAAACAAUAUUUUGAAAGUGGAGCAGAAAAUCUGCACCUGAUAGAAAAGUACAAAGAGGAUUUUAGGAGAAGUGCAAAUGGUCUGAGGAAUGAACUGGAGAGUUAUUCAUUCAGCAAGUUGGAAGAAGCGAUUGAAAUUAGAAAAGGCCGACAUAAAACAGACGCUGUCCUGUCACAGUACAAGAGAAGAAUUGAAGAGAAAGUUGACAGGCUUCUGAACCAUUGCAGGAAAAGCAAAUGCAAACUAAAUAAUGAUGAACAGGAGAAAGAAUUUGAAACCAUGUGGAGAGAAACAUUGUCAGAAUUAUCACUCAUUCCUUUACAGAAACGCAUCAUAUAUAAGGAUGUGGAGUUCCAUUUGAGAAGAGACCUAGAGAAUAGGGGGAGUGCAGCAUGGCAGAUGUUAAAGGAGGCCAAAAGCUUGUCUACUUAUAGAACACAAAAUUUCAAAAUGAAAAAUGAAUACUUCGACUUCAGUGUGCUCAAAUGUAAGAAAAUAUCAGAGUCAGCUGUAAAAGCGUUGCAAGGUGUGAAAGAGUUCUUUACACAGGAACGCUGGCAUAAAACAGAGGCUCUGGCUAAAUUCUUAAUAGCUGAGUGCAAUAGUUACACUGAAGAAAAGGUAAAUGGCAAAGCAGAUUAUGAUGAUACUUAUUGCAGAGAGUUGUUGCGGAUGAUUAACGAGCAGCUUCAGCAGGCGAAUGUUCAAAACCUUCACAUCAGCUCUUGUUUUGAAGUCGAGCUGAAGCUUCACAUUUUGGGGGAUGCAGCUCGGGCAUUUCAGAAGAUGCAUGAAGAAUUCAUUAAAGAAAAUUACCCUCUGCAACGUCUGGGGAAACUGAAACCUCAGUAUCUCUCCACGUUCAAAGCUCUGUACUUAGAGAAGGAUGAGUGUCAAGAUAGGGCCUGGAAUUUCUGUGAUCAGUGUCUGAGACCUGCCCUGGUGGACUAUGUGAACAAGAGACUUGGGACAGAAAUCGUGGAUGACAUUCUCAGCAGUGAACAGUCUGUUGAGUACAGCACACGGAACUUCUUCCAAUUCUUUGUUCUGAAGCAGCUCUUGGAAGAAAAUGACUUUAACAAUUAUGUGCAAUACACAAGGAAUUAUGUAGAUUUUAUCAAAACCCAGAUACAGAAAAACGUGUUAAAACAUUACAGAGAGAAGGCAAGUCUGGGAGAUUUGGAGAAAAGGAUUUUCUCCCCAAUAAUUAAUAAACUCAGUGAUGUUCUGAAAAACUCCAAAGGUGAGAAGACUAAGACAGUCUCUGCCUUUUUAGACAACUUGUGUGAAAAGCUGCAGCAGGAUCUAGUCAUUCCCAAGGACAGUUUAGAAGUGAUACUGUUUAAAAACACAGCAAGUGCAGACCAAUUUUCAGCUUUUAUAGAACAGUUUAUUCCUGAUCUGGAAAAACGAAUUUUAUCCACUUUUGAAAAUCUGAAAAUUCAGUCAAAACUCUCAAAACUUGCAGUGAAGCCGCAGGAUGAGAUCUUCAAGCGAGUGUUUGGCUGUGGGAAGCAGUGUCCAUUCUGUAAAGUCCCCUGUGACGCAGGAACCCCUGCACAUACAGAGCAUUUUGCAGCAGUGCAUCGACCUGAAGGAUUAGGGGCAUACUGGUGGGUAACAACAGACAUACUUAGCUAUGAUAUAUGCUCCUCUUCUGUGGCUUCCAAUGGCACAUUCAGAUGUACAGAGACAAAAUGGGAACCUCAUCCUUAUAAAGAUUAUCGGAAAUAUUUUCCAGACUGGCGCAUCCAGCCAGAUCCCAGCAUCACGGCUUCCGAUUACUGGAAGUUUGUUUUCAAGGAAUUCAAUCACCAGUUUGCUGAGGCGUUUGAUGCUCUCCCUGCCGAUUUCCCUGAGGACUGGUGUAAAAUAACCAAAGAGCAGGCCCUGGAGAGCCUAAAGGAAGCCUUUAAAUUGAAGUAAAAAAGAGGCUGAGAAACUCCAUUGUGAGCAGAAAGUUACAGCAGUGAAUUUUCUUUACAUGUGGCAUGUGAAAAAAUCCCAUAUCUUCUAAAUAUGGAAUGUUGUUUCUCUUUUAGUAUAAGACACAGGUUGCAGCUUUCAAACAGAUAAAGAAGCAAUGCUUUUUCACAUCACAUAGAAUUUAUGGCAAAAUUAAAGAUGAGGGAAAGACCCAUAUGUGGAGUUUCUGCAUCUUUGUCUUAAGGAGCAAAUGACCAAAAUCCCAAAUUUGUCCUCACCACUGCAUUUUACUGGUGCAGUGGUUAGGACAAAUAACCUGCACUUUUGCGGCUAAUCUGACACCCAACAGCCUGGCCCUGAUUCUCACCUUCCAUGGGAAAACACAUGGGAGGGAAAAAACAUUUCAGCAACAACAACAACGGAGGUUUGCAGCAUAACGUAAUGGGGAAGGGAGGGAUGCAGGCAGCAAACCCAACAGACCCUGAGGAUUCAAAGGGAAUCCCCACAAGCCCAUCCCACCCCUGAGAAUGGUCUUUCCAUCUGCCCUGCACUCUGCCCCGCACACCCCUCUCACCCAGGGCAGUAAGGCUGAGGCGCCAUGGCGAUUGCCGGCCACCCUCUGCAUAGGGGUGCUGUGGGGAUGGGGGGAUGGGCGAGGAAGGGAAGUGGCGGAUGCUGCCCCAUCCAAGAGAUUAAAAAACAGACUAGAAAUGUCACUUUUGGGCCAGGCAUGCAGCGCCCUUACACUCCGCUUGGUGCCAUUUCUCUGUCUGUCUCUCUGUCUGUGAUGGGACAAUUUUUCAAUGUCUCAUCUGAUCAAUUCCAGAAUUCCAGGCAGUGAAAUGGCCAGAACCCUUUUGAUUUUAGAGGAAAUCAGUAAACCACAAUGGGCAAAAUGGGGGACACAUGAAGCUCCUGGCAUCCAUUUAGCACAGCCACAUCUUCAAGCACCUCUGCAGUUGCCUAUAGAUCAAAGAACUAGCUUAUGGCUGGAUUAAUGCCUCCAGCAUAACAACACCCCCAGCUCAGCUCUGCCUAUCCUCCCAGUGGAGUGUAAGAUGUUGGCCACCUGAAUGGCUGAUGUCCCAGAAAAAAAACAAUAUGGAGGAGGGAUGGAAGAAGUCCUGUUUAUUUGCAUGGUAAAAUGG